AUGCUGCGGGAGAGUAAGCUGCUUGAGUUCUUCCAGAACAAUCGAGAAGUAUUUUUUUCCAAGUAUAUUUACGGUGACCCAGCGUACGGAAUUGUGGAGUACCUUCUGUCCGGAUACAAAGGGAAUGAUGUUGGCGUCCUCAAACGCGACUUCAACAAGUGGAUGAGUCGUGUUCGCCAGUCCGUGGAAUGGAACUUCAAGAUUUUCAAGACUUUGUGGUCAUUUAUUACAUUCAAGAUCCUGUCCAAGAUCCGACUGUCACCUGUGGCCAAGAUUGUGUGCAUUGCCAUGCUGCUCACGAAUUGUCACUGCUGCCAUUUUCGUGGCAACCAAAUCAGCCAGUACUUUGACCUCGAGCCACCUACGUUGAAAGAUUACCUGAACAUGUUGGAAAUUGUAGAAGUUUAA